UAAAGAGUUGUAGAUUGCCAGCUGUCCAGCCAUGGAUGAGUGAUUGCGUAACCCAGGCUGCUCCUCGUCUCGUCUCGUCUCGUCUCGUCCAUGACCACGCCUUUCUCUACAAAACCCCAAAACCAAAACCAUCACCCACCACUUAACUCUCUCAUUCGUAUUCCACACUUCACUCACAACACAACCCCGCUUUCCUCAGACACAGUGAGAAAAUUGUGUGAAUCAUAUGCCGCGGGUUGCGGAGGGCUGAGUUGAUAUGGCCAAGAGCGGGGUGUUCGAAGGGGAUCGGGUGAUGGUGGUCAAGGCCGUGGAGUUGAGGAAGGAGCUGCAGAAGCUGUUGAGGGCGAUUGUGGAGGAGGACGACGUCAAUCUGGAGGCGCUCGAUAGGGCGCAGCAAAUGCUCUUGCUGUUGAAGGAAUUGAAGCUCAAGAAGACGGCUGAUUUGGAGCUCCGCCGUCAGGAUGUCAUCCCCGCCACGGUGCCGGAGGAGUUCAAGUGCCCGCUCUCCAAGAAACUCAUGAGGGAUCCCGUGAUUCUUUCCACCGGAGUGACAUAUGAUCGUCCCUUCAUUCAAAACUGGCUUAAAUCUGGGAAGAGGACAUGCCCUAAAACUGAGCAGGUGCUGUCACACACAGUUCUCAUACCGAACCACUUGAUCCGUGAAAUGAUAACGAAUUGGUGCAAGAUUCGUGGGAUCGAGCUGCCAGAGUGCAAGUAUAAUGACGAGGAGGCCUACUCUGAGGAAGACCAAGAGGCAUUCAAAUCUCUGCUGGAGAAGAUGUCAUCCACAUUGUUUGAACAGAAGGAAGCUGCUAAAAAAUUGCGCCAACUGACAAAACGAACGCCUUCAAUCCGGGUGUUAUUUGCUGACCGUGAGAAUGCUGUGUCACAGCUGGUGGCUCCAUUCGCUCAACCCAACAUCCAGGAUCAUCCAGAUCUGCAGGAAGACAUCAUCACGACGAUCUUGAACAUCUCCAUCCACGACAACAACAAGAAGCGCGUUGCAGAGACGCCUACCGUGAUUCCUAUUCUGAAGAAUGCAGUGACGUCAGGGACUGCGCAGAUAAGGAGCAAUGCAGCUGCAGCCCUUUUCACGUUAUGCGCCCUCGACUCAAACAAGGAGAUGAUUGGGAGGUCGGGUGCCUUGGGACCCCUCAUCACACUAUUGGAUGAAGGGCAUGAUAUAGGAAUGAAAGACGCCGCUUCUGCGAUCUUCAGCAUGUGCAUUCUCCUUGAGAAUAAGGCGAGAGCAGUGAGUGAAGGUGCGGUUAGAGUUAUCAUGAAGAAAAUCGAGGACAGAAUGCAGGUUGAUGAGCUGCUGUCGAUUCUUGCAAUGCUUUCGACCAACCAGAAGGCGAUUGAGCAGAUGAUCGAGCUCAAUGCAGUCCCCACCUUGCUCAGCAUCAUAAGGGAGUCCACCUGUCCACGCAAUAAGGAGAACUGCGUGGCCAUCCUGCACACGCUCUGCUAUAGUAACCGGAGCAUGUGGAGGGAGAUGAGAGAGGAGGAGCGUGAGCAUCGCACACUAUCUCAGCUGGCUGAAGACGGCACUUCUAGGACCAAGAGGAAGGCCAAUGCAAUUCUUGAGAGACUGAACAGAGCUGCCAACAUCAACCACAGCGCGUGAACGCCUCCUCCGCACAUAUAUACUCUGUAAAUUCUGCAACUCCCCUAAACGAUCAAGGUAUCUCGUGGUCAUUUUUACCCUUGUGCAUAAUUACGUUUUGAUCUCCGGUGCUACGGCUUAUAGUUGUGAAUAAUUCAUUACAAUGGCAAGUUUUUUACUGUGAAGGAAGUUUGAUGGAUGCAACACGUAGUUGAUGAGUAAUUGAAUGGUUGAAGUUUUUAAGACA